UCCUUUUCAUCGCUAACUAGGUGUUUCUGUCUAGGAUACAAACUAUAGUUACAAUUAGACCGUCCGAUUAAUUGUUUUCACUAUUUCUUUCUGUUUUCCAAAUUUGGGUAUCCAAGAGUUUUAUCAUGUGGAACCAGAUACGGAAGUCCUUCAGGAAAUUACUCUGCCCUGAAUCUGCAGAUUGUCUCUCCCAUCGGAAUAUUCAAGUUGCGAGUGAGUCGGUGCAUGGUGAGAAAUUGGCUCCGCAAUGGGUGACUUGUGAUGCUUGUGUAGAGGAAAAUAAAGGGUGCAAGUGUGAUCACGACACCCAGGAUUUAAAGAGUGCUGUGGUAAACGAGGCAGAUGUUGAGCAUCAUACUGAUCAGGCUAAUAGUUCUUUUGCUCAUUCUGUCAUCAACAUGAUUGGAAUGCUCAUUGGGCUUGGGCAGCUAUCCACUCCUUAUGCUUUAGAAAAUGGAGGAUGGGUUUCUGCAUUCUUGCUGGUUGGACUAGGUGUAAUAUGUGCAUAUACAUCCCACCUGCUCGGAAAAUGCCUUGCUAAGAGUCCCAAGUCAAGGAGCUAUACAGAUAUUGGUCAGCAUGCAUUUGGCUCCAAUGGAAGAGUUUUAGCUGCAACCUUCAUUUACUUGGAGAUUUUCAUGGCCCUAGUCUCCUACACCAUAUCACUUCAUGACAAUCUUAUAACAGUAUUUGCAGGGACACAACUUAGGUUACCAAUAUGGGCAAAAUUAUAUAAAUCUCAGCUACUAACCUUGAUGGGGGUGCUGGUAGCACUUCCUAGUCUGUGGCUGAGAGAUCUUUCUUCCAUAUCUUUCCUUUCAUCAGGCGGCAUUCUCAUGUCCAUCGUCAUCUUCACUUCCGUGGCAUGCACUGCCAUCUUUCAAGUUGUGAAAGCGAAUCACAGUAUACCCGCGCUCCACCUCCACAAGAUUCCUGCCAUAUCCGGCCUUUACAUCUUCAGUUAUGCUGGCCACAUCGUUUUCCCCGACUUGUAUAAAUCCAUGAAAGAUCCAUCCAAGUUUACAAUGGUAUCUAUUGUGAGCUUUGCAUCGGUGACAGCACUUUACGCAUCACUAGCAUUCAUGGGUGCCAGACUAUUCGGCCCUGAAGUCAGCUCUCAAAUAACCCUAAGCAUGCCUCGACAUCAUAUCAUUACAAAGAUUGCAUUGUGGGCAACAGUGCUAACACCCAUGACCAAAUAUGCACUCGAAUUCGCACCAUUCGCCAUCCAGCUAGAACACAACCUUCCUAAUUCUAUUAGUUCCAGGACUAAGACAGUUAUAAGAGGCGCCGUGGGUUCAUUUCUGCUACUGGUAAUACUAGCUCUAGCACUUUCCGUUCCAUAUUUUGAGCAUGUCCUCAGCCUUACUGGUUCCCUUGUGAGUGUCAGCAUUUGCAUAGUUUUCCCCUGUGCCUUCUACAUCAAGCUUUCAUGGGCUCAAAUAUCUAAGCCUGUUCUAAUCCUAAACGUGAUCCUUCUUGCUUUUGGGUUACUUCUUGGAGUCUUUGGGACCAUAUCCUCUUCAAAGUUGCUCAUUACAAGUCUAGAAAGAGCACACCAUACCUGAUCUAGAGAGGAUCAAUCAUCGUGAUCUUCUUUUCCACGUACCCAGCUAUCUAUGCCUGAAUAAUACUAAAAAAUAAUUUGGUCUAUUAUUGCAGCUGCUACACACAAGGUAAUACGUAGUUGAAAAGGAGGGCUAGCUGAUAUGCUCCCACAAGAAAUUUUCUCUUCUGCUACAUUUCGAAACAUGGAAAGAGUUCUUAGGUGUAUCAUAAGAGGAAAUUGCGCUGUCAUGUUGUAAACUUGGUCAUAAUACAAGGUUACUUGACAUUAGCCUC